CUACAUUCAUAUCCAAGAGGAAGUAUUUUCUGGACAAGUAAUCAAACACCUUUGAGACAUAGAGCCCUUUUUCUAGUCUGUUUUGCAAACCGACCCCAAGGUAGGAUAUGUUCUUUUUUUUUUUUUUUAAUGUUAAAAAAAACCGAAGGAAGGAGACAAUUUCUUUAAAUAAAUUAUUUUCUUGAACAUUGCGACUCCCAGACCGCCUAACUCCUCCUGUUCUUCUAUUCAUCACCCCACUCCCCCAUCGAGUGAAAGGAAGCUGGGGGGACUUUGUCGAUUGGGCUACGAAAGGCACCGGGGGAAGAGAAGAGAAGAGCUCGAGUUAAAUCAAUAAGGGAUUAAGGUAAUGUGAGACACUUAAUGGUCAAUAUUCUAGCUCAAUGCCAUUGAAUUUGUCCUCUUUAAUAUUAGUUAUAGAAUUGGGGGAAAUACUUGGGAGUUUGAAAUUGAAAGUUUAAGUCGGGUGAUAUAGUUAGGUUAGGCUCGAUCCUCUUUGUAAUCUAAUGUCUAUUGCUGCUGUAUUUGGUUCGGUUAUGCGGUAAUGAUCUCGUAUAGAUUGAUUGACCUGGAAAAGACACGUCUAUGGAUGAAACAAAGGUAAAGAAAGAACAAGGGGAAAGAGGGAUAAUAGCCGAUUGUUUUUAUUCUGUUAUUUUUUAUUAACAAUGAUACUGUCUUGCAUGUUGAAAGUGUUGAUUUCUAAUUGUCUUGUUGCUAUUAAAUACACUAGACUAGUUCUUAGCAUGAGGGGAAAAGAAAAUUUGAACGAGGGUGAUGAUGUUUCCGUGUUGCUGUUAUGAUUGAAUGGGGAAAAUGGGAAAUGGUAAAGCCUAGUAUGCAAUGAAAUUAAUUCUUGGGUUGGCUACAACUUCUAGUUUUUUUUUAUGGAACAUGGAAAAUGAAUCAUGGAUGAUUUGGAUGUCAUGGUUUGGUUUAGAAAUGAUUGCAUGAGAUUGGAUUGCAUAAUGUGUUCUGAAAAUGCAAAAAACAGAUUCGAGCCCCCUGUUGAAUGACUUGUUUCUCCCAUUUCCCGAAUCAUUUUCUUACGGAUUUCUUUAUAUGAUUCUUUUUUAUGCUCAAUCUAGUUUAAUGUGGUUUUUACGGAUGGUGAAACGGACUCCUGGUUUGUCAAGAAAUGUUAUUUAAACAUGACAUGUUCAUUGCUGAAAAUGCAGAAAAAUUAGACCAGAUUCCUUUUUUUUUUUUCUAAGAAAAGGUACAUGUAUAUUAGUUAAAAAGAAGUACCUAAACUAUUACAAUUCAUUCUAUUGAAUGCUAAAUUAUGUAAUUCUACUACAUCUUGUCUACUCUAAUCAGAGAGCAAGACUGAAAAACUGAAAUAGUAGUAAUUAACAAAGACACCACCUCCUUCUAUUAACAGGCCUAGUUCUCUUGGGUCUUGAACUCUUUUCCAGAAUUUCUUUUCAGAAAAAUCUUUCUCAUUUAGUGUAGUUUAAUGUAGUUUUUAUGAAUUAUUAAACGGACUUACAGUUUGUCCAGAAAUCGAGUUUGAACAUGACUUGUCAGUCGCUGAAAAUCUUUAACUUUCCGUCAGAAAAUCUGAUCUGAGCCACUGUUUUCAGGGACUUAUUUCUUAUGAUUUUUAUACUUCCUUCUAUGAUUACCUGUGGUAAAACUCUUCUCUGGUUAUCCUAGUUUACUAUCGUUCUGUCGGCUUGUUAAAAGGAUUAGUGAUUUGCUCAAAAAUGUUCUUUGAAUAUGUUCACUCAGUCACCAUUGUUCUGAAAAUUCAGAAUUGAGAAUUUGAAAGGCUAACUUUGAAGUGUCCAUUCUCCUUGACUCUAAAUCCUUUCCUAAUGAGAGUUCAUUACUUCCCUUCUCUAUUGUUUGGCAUCUUCUCCUCCAUCAUGUAGGUACCAAUAGAAAAGAGGAAAUUGGAGGGACUAGCAAGAUUAACGUAUGAAAUUCUAGGUACCAAUUUUGAAUAAUUAGCAAGCAAGAGGGACUCAAACGACGCCGUUUUUCUUGUGAACUCCCUUCACUUGGACAAACGAAUCUUCUUCCCUCAUUCCGAGUUCAGACACAAUCAUUCCACUGGAACAAAGCUGCCCUGCUCCCCCAGAAUUUUCUGCAAGUGAUAAAGGGUUUUCUAUCAUCUCCCACUUUUUGCAAUUUUCACUUGGUUUCUUUGCUGUUUUUGUUGUGCAUUUUAUUUCAACUUUGUUUUAGAAAAGAAAAGAGAAUCGAUCCUUGCUUAAUCUUAGGUUGUUUGUGAUCUGGUCUUUGAAUGGUCUCCACUAUCCACAUUAGAUUAGGUUAAGCUUAUGUUUAGCGGCUUCAGAGACUAUAGCUUCUAUGUAAGAAAAUAACUCGUAUAAAAAGUUGGAACUUUAGGAAUGAUUUCUGAUUUGCUUCUUGUUUUAGCUUAACAUUUGGGCUUCCAAUUCAGGCUCCUUGUUAACCAGUGAUAAUUUUGUUUUGGUGCUAAAAAUACAUGCGGUUAAUGUUGCUAUAUGAAGGUUUUUGAAUCAGAUUCUAGUAGUUUUGCUGGUUGAUCAUGGCAAUUAUGGGGGCAAAUCCAAAACAACAAGAUCUUUUGUCAUUCCUAUAAAUUGCUCCUUGCUGAUAUUCAUGUUCAAUCUGGGUGGCUUUUACGUUGUUGGUUGCACAUUCUGAGUUUCUAUUUUCCCAGUCUGUCAUUGUUUAUUAGAUGGGUAGUUAAGACUCAUGGUUAUGUUGUUAUGUGUAUGAAUUGUUUGAUAAAAGGCCUUAUAAAAGCAUUAUGCCUUGUUGUGUUUCUUUUGGUUCGUUCAAAAUAAUAAUAGGCUGAUUGCUAUAUGUGUCCCACAAUCUUCAAAGAUGACUCUCAUGGUUCUUUUUCAGUCAGUUGUUCUACAACACAGCGGAUAUAAUGUGGUUCCGUUAUUUGAAAUUUUGAGCAAACUACUGUUUUCUGAACAUGCACAUAUGCAAUGAUCAAAGCAUGGAUCUUUUAUGUAAUGCUGCCACUGAAAUCAACCAGCUUUGUUGCUGCUCAGUCAAAUUUGUGUGUUACAUCAAUUUUCCCUUUCUUUAUAUGCAUUUACAGCUAUGUUGAUUGCCUGAAAUGACAGUAAAUUUUUUAAUUUUUCUGGCAGUAACUCUGUAGAUUUGAUAUGGCGAUGAGAAAUCUGAAAAUAAAGACAUCAACAUGCAAACGUAUAGUGAAGGAGCUCCAUUCCUAUGAGAAAGAGGUGGAGAGGGAAGCUGCCAAGGUUGCUGAAAUGAAGGAUAAAGGCGCUGACCCCUAUGAUCUCAAACAACAGGAAAAUGUGCUUGCUGAGUCUAGGAUGAUGGUUCCUGAUUGUCACCGACGGCUUGAAGCGGCACUGGCUGACCUAAAAUCAGUUCUGGGCGAGGUGGAAGAUCCAGACCAAGCGGAAGGUGCUGAAGUUGACGAAGCACGGAAAGUAAUUGCCGAGGUCGAGCAGUUAUUCCAACCAGACGACUAAAAAAACAUUUCUUUUGCAACUUUAGCAAACCGGACAGGUUCUGUACUAUUUAGCUUUCAAUCAUUGCAGUUUCCUGAUUAUUGCAAGAAUUGUGGAUUUUUAUGCAAAUUUAUGUAAGAUUUGGUUUCCAUUAGUACGUGCAAAAACCAUCAGUUUCUUUCAGCUAUUAUUUUAUUGAGGUUGAAUAUUAUUACUCCCAAGAUGAUAUUCUUCCAACCUUACAACCCGCAGUAAACCCUCUGGAUCAAUCCUGCAAUGAAACCUCUUUCUGAAAGGAAAAACAACUCCAAAUCACCAUUCUUCACGAGACAUAGAGAAAACAAACUACGCAGUUGAUAAAAUCUUCUACAUUACAUGACCAGAAGGAAUGGUUUUGCCAGAAUCAAAAACCACGCUUCAUUCAGCACUUCACUCUUGAAAUGAAUGGCUCUUCUGGAUGAUGAUGAUGAUGAUGAAUUUUCAUUAUAUUUGUUGCUGACAAAUCUGUCAUGGCCAUUGCCGCCAUUACUAGGAUCGGCACUACUCCAAAAUAUCCUUCUUUCUUACAUUCAUAGUUGAGACCUUUUUCUUUCCAAAUGAAUGCGGUUUUAUCAAUUGAGUGAAAAGAGAGUAUCACUCAACCCAAUUGAUUUGAGUCAUCCAUUUUUUGGAUAAUAAAUCUGAAUUCAUUGCUAGCUGAAUCUAAUGGAACCUAUUGAAAGAGAAGAAUGGCAACAGUUUAGCAGCCAUUAAUCAUUCACUAACAUUUGGUUAGAACUUAGAAUAAUU